AUGGAAGUGACCAAGUCAUUAUGGAUUGUUCUCAUUGUAACUGCUUUUAUGGAUGUUGUUCUUGGAGAUCAUUGUUAUCAGAAUGACAUAUUUAAGGAGAACUUUAACAGUAACUUCAGAAGCACUGAGUAUGAUUUUGUGACAUCAAAUAAUGAGAAUGUCUGCAGUACCUGGGGUAAUGGAUAUGUAAAUACAUUUGAUGGGUAUUUUUAUAAUGGCAAAGGAAACUGCACAUACAUUUUUACUAAACAGUGUCACGUACCAAACGAAGAUUUUGAAAUACUUGUCAAACGUAACACAAACAGCCUUAAACCUAUGAUAGAACAAAUUUUCAUGAAGCUUUUUUACAUCAUGAUUGAAGCCAACAUAACUGGAAUAUAUGUCAAUGGGAAACAAAUUGAUAUUCCCUAUAGAAGCUCAAAUUUGGAUAUAGAUGAUGAAGGUUUGGAUAUAGUGUUUUCUAUAAAUGGCAUAAGAGUGCAGUGGAACACAUUGGAUUCUCUCCAGGUAGAGAUACCAGAAAGAUACAGAAAUCAAACCUGUGGCUUAUGUGGAGACUUUAAUGGAUUUAAAUAUUUCAAUGAGGGUUUCAAAGAAGGGGACCAGGCAAGCAUAAAUGCAUUUUUGGAUAAAUACAUAGCAGAUAUUCCAGGAGAAGUUUGUGUGAACAACAUCGUUCCACUUUUACCUACAUGCAAUUUUGUUAAUGAAACAUGUAGAAAUAUAUUGCAGAGUCCUGAACUGGCUGACUGUGCGGCACGCUAUGAUUUCAAUCCCUACCUUGAGAUCUGUGAAAAGGACAGUUGUGCUUGUAACAGUAGUAAAUCUCAGGCUGUAUUUUGCAUUUGUAGUACCUUGACUGAAUUUGCCAAACAGUGUGCUAAUGCUCAAGGAAAGCCUGAAAACUGGAGGAACCCAGGGCUAUGUGAAAUAGCAUGCCCACCUACUUUGACAUACAAAGAAUGUGGUUCAGCUUGUGAGAAGACCUGCAGCAAUCAAGAGCCAGGGGCUUGUGUAAAAAAAUGUGUCAGCGGUUGCUUUUGCCCGAAUGGCACUGUAUUUGAUGAUAUUAGUGAUAAAGGAUGUAUUCCACCAUCUCAAUGCAACUGCAAGUACUCAGGAAACAUCUACCCUACAGGGGCAGAAUUGAUUCAACAAUGUGAAAACUGUACCUGCUUUGAGGGACUAUGGAAAUGUAUAUCUAAGCCGUGCUCUGGCUCCUGUGCAAUUGAAGGUGGAUCUCAUAUAACAACGUUUGAUCAGAGGAGAUACAACUUUCAUGGAAGAUGUUCCUAUGUCCUUUCGCAGUUGUGUACUAUAUCUUUAUUUGCUGUUCAUGGAGAAAUAAAGUUAUGUGAUGGCAGUGAGUUUGAGACUUGUCUAUCAAAAAUCAUUCUGAAAAUUAAGAACCCUAAAACAGAACUAGAAAUCAGAAGCACUGGAGAAAUUACAUUAAACCAUGUACACAUUAAUUUACCAUAUGCCAAUGAUAACGUGACUAUUUUCAAGCCAACUUCAUUUUACAUAAUUGUAAAUACCAACAUUGGUCUUCAAUUGGAAAUUCAGCUCAUACCUAUAAUGCAAGUUUAUAUACAUUUAGAAAGUUCUUACUUUGGCCUUACAUGUGGUCUAUGUGGAAAUUUCAAUGAUAAACAAAUUGAUGACUUUAUUGUACCAAAUGGGAUGUCACUGCAAGAUUUGGACCCUUUCACACAUUCAUGGAGAAAUGAUCAAACUUGCCCAAAAGCCCCUAUUGAUGUACUCGAUCCAUGUUCCAUAAACAUACAGAAAGAGUCAUAUGCUUCGCUGUGGUGCUCCAAGUUAAAUUCCAAAGAUGAGAUUUUUGCUGUGUGUCAUCCAGCUGUCAAUCCAGCUGUCUUCCAUCAGAAAUGCUUGUAUGACACUUGUUUGUGUAAAAAUUCGGAGAACUGUUUGUGUGCAGCAAUUUCAAGUUACGUCCGAGCUUGCACUGAGCGUGGGGUCAUUAUUAAGGGCUGGAGAAAACAUAUGUGCAACAAAUACAGCAAUAGCUGCAAAUCUUCAAGGAUUUAUCAGGAAAAUGUCCACACAUGCCAACCUACUUGCCUAUCUCUGAGUGUGUCAGAUAGAUCAUGCACAGUGGAAUUCACUCCCAUUGAUGGCUGCAUCUGUAAAGAGGGAUUGUACUUGACAAAGCAUGAUCAAUGUGUACUUCAAAGUGAAUGUCAUUGUUACCACAUGGGAAUGUAUUAUAACCCAGGAGAAAAAGUAAACAGGAAUGGCAUUGAGUGUGUCUGCAUAAAUGGGAAGUUACAAUGUGACUACAGUACCCUGCAAAAAACAAAUUGUACUGCACCCAUGGUUUUCUUAAACUGUUCUAAUGAACCUGAGGGCUCUACAGGAAUUGAGUGUUUAAAGAGCUGUCAAAGUUUAAACGUAGACUGUUACAGCAAUGAGUGUGUGUCGGGUUGUAUCUGUCCUCAAAAUAUGUUGUCCGAUGGCAAAGGAGGAUGUGUUUCUAAUGAUAAAUGUACCUGUUUUCAUAACGACAAGAUUUAUGACCACAAUACUAAAGCUAAGAUCGGCUGCAAUAUGUGUACCUGUAAUAACCGUAAAUGGGUCUGUGAAAACCAAGGAUCCUUGGCUCAAUGCUUGGUUUAUGGAGAAGGAAAUUAUAUAACUUUUGACCAAAGGCAUUACCGAUAUAGCGGACAAUGUGAAUAUACCUUGGUUCAGGAUUUCUGCGGCAAUAGUAUAAAGAAUGGAACAUUUCGCAUUAUUUCUGAAAACACCAAAUGCAGUGAUACUGGUUCAACUUGUUCAAAGACUGUCAAAUUGUUUUUCGAUGACUACACUCUUCAAUUAACAAAUGGAAAAGCAAAAAUAUCCAGUCAAGGGGAAGCAGUAGAGUCACCAUUUCAGAUCCAGAAUACUAGUCUGUAUUUGGUCAUUAAUGUUAGGAAUGGAUUGGUCCUGGUUUGGGAUAAAAAAACAGGUCUUACUAUUAAGGUCCCAUCAAAUUUUCAACAUACUGUCUGUGGACUUUGUGGAAAUUACGAUGGCAAUUCAAACAAUGAUUUUAAUACCAGAGGACACUGCACUGUAGAAGAUGUAAUAGAAUUUGGUAAUAGCUGGAAACUGUUACCAUCAUGUCCCGAAACUGAAAUCAUGAUAGAACCCUGUGAGAUUAACCCUCACCGAAAACCAUGGGCUCAAAGACAGUGUAGCAUCAUCCUGAGUGACACAUUCAAACCCUGCCAUUCUGAGGUCGAUCCUACUAGCUACUAUGAUGCAUGCGUUAAAGAUUCCUGUGCCUGUGAUGAAGGAGGGGAUUGUGAUUGUUAUUGUACAGCCAUAGCAAUGUAUGCUCAGACAUGUCUCUCCCAUUGUAUCUGUGUUGAGUGGAGAACCCCAUACCGUUGUCCUGUGUUCUGUGACUAUUAUAAUCAGGAAGGCAAAUGUGAGUGGCAUUAUAAAGCUUGUGGAGCCAACUGCCUGAAGACCUGCAGAAACCCAUCUGGAAAUUGUUUAUCUGAACCAGUCAAAGUAGAAGGGUGUUAUCCUCAAUGCCCUAGUGAUAAGCCUUUCUUUGAAGAAAUUACUAUGGACUGUGUAGCUCAGUGUGGCUGCUAUGAUCAAAUGGGAUACUACUAUAAGCCAGGAGAAAAAAUUGUAUCCUGCAAUAACUGUGAAAUCUGUAACUGCACAACCAAUGGCAUCCAGUGUGAAUAUAAUGUGCAUGCCUGUUACUGUGAAUACAAUGGAAACAUUUAUGCCUACAAUGAAACAAUCUUUAUUAAAGACGUUGGAAAGGGAAUUUGCCUUGUCCGUGUAUGUAGUGUCAAUGGUACAACAACUGACUACACCAUAUUUUGUGGAACUUCAACAACUAGAGCAACUCAAACAUCCACAGUAACUAUAACUUUUCCAAAAAGCACAACUACUUUCACACCACCAACGACAACAAAAUGUGUUUGCUACUUUAACAACAAGACAUAUAAUGCAGAUUCUGUAAUAUUUUAUAACUAUGAAAACAAUACCAACUGUGGAUAUAGAGUUAUAUGUGACAAAUUUUGUCAAAUAAAAACAGAACUAUUGCCAUGUCCAACUAGCACUACAAAAAGAAUCACUACAGCAACGAGUACUAAACCAACAACCACUACACCUUCUACCACUUCCUUAAGCACAAAACCAUCUACUACAUCUUCAGCUAGUAGUACAUCCACAAGUGUUAAAACAUCAGCAAGCUCUCUGACUUCUAGAAGUACAGCUCCAUCAACAACAGCGACAUCCACUACUAAAAUUACAAGUAGUACCUCAACAGCAUCCACCACAAGACCUUCUACCACUUCUGUAAGCACAAAAUCAAUUACUUCAUCUACAGCCAGUAGCACACCCACAUCCACAAGUGUAAAAACAUCCCAAAGCUCUUUGACAUCAAGAAGUACAGCUCCAUCAACAACAGCACCAUUCACUACUACUAAAAUUACAACAAGUAGUACGCCAUCAACAACCACCACUAAACCUUCUACCACUAAACCCUCUACCACUUCUGUAAGCACAAGAUCAACUACUUCAUCUACAGCCAGUACCACAGCCACAUCCACAAGUGUUAAAACAUCACAAAGCUCUUUGACUUCUAGAAGUACAGCUACAUCAACAACAGCACCAUCCACUACUACCAAAAUUACAACAAGUAGUACCCCAUCAACAACCACCACUAAACCUUCUACCACUUCUGUAAGCACAAGAACGACCACUUCAUCUACAGCCAGUACCACAGCCACAUCCACAAGUGUUAAAACAUCACAAAGCUCUUUGACUUCAAGAAGUACAGCUCCAUCAACAACAGCGCCAUCCACUACUACCAAAAUUACAACAAGUAGUACCCCAUCAACAACCACCACUAAAUCUUCUACCACUUCUGUAAGCACAAGAUCGACUACUUCAUCUACAGCCAGUACCACAGUCACAUCCACAAGUGCUAAAACAUCACAAAGCUCUUUGACUUCUAGAAGUACAGCUCCAUCAACAACAGCGCCAUCCACUACUUCUAAAAUUACAACAAGUAGUACCCCAUCAACAACCACCACUAAACCUUCUACCACUUCUGUAAGCACAAGAUCGACUACUUCAUCUAAAGCCAGUACCACAGUCACAUCCACAAGUGCUAAAACAUCACAAAGCUCUUUGACUUCUAGAAGUACAGCUCCAUCAACAACAGCGCCAUCCACUACUACUAAAAUUACAAGUAGUACCCCAUCAACAACCACCACUAAACCUUCUACCACUUCUGUAAGCACAAGAUCGACUACUUCAUCUACAGCCAGUACCACGUCCACAAGUGUUAAAACAUCACAAAGCUCUUUGACUUCAAGAAGUACAGCUCCAUCAACAACAGCGCCAUCCACUACUACUAAAAUUACAACAAGUAGUACCCCAUCAACAACCACCACUAAACCUUCUACCACUUCUGUAAGCACAAGAUCGACUACUUCAUCUAAAGCCAGUACCACAGUCACAUCCACAAGUGCUAAAACAUCACAAAGCUCUUUGACUUCUAGAAGUACAGCUCCAUCAACAACAGCGCCAUCCACUACUACUAAAAUUACAAGUAGUACCCCAUCAACAACCACCACUAAACCUUCUACCACUUCUGUAAGCACAAGAUCGACUACUUCAUCUACAGCCAGUACCACGUCCACAAGUGUUAAAACAUCACAAAGCUCUUUGACUUCAAGAAGUACAGCUCCAUCAACAACAGCGCCAUCCACUACUACUAAAAUUACAACAAGUAGUACCCCAUCAACAACCACCACUAAACCUUCUACCACUUCUGUAAGCACAAGAUCGACUACUUCAUCUACAGCCAGUACCACAGUCACAUCCACAAGUGCUAAAACAUCACAAAGCUCUUUGACUUCUAGAAGUACAGCUCCAUCAACAACAGCGCCAUCCACUACUACUAAAAUAACAACAAGUAGUACCCCAUCAACAACCACCACUAAACCUUCUACUACUUCUGUAAGCACAAGAUCGACUACUUCAUCUACAGCCAGUACCACAGCCACAUCCACAAGUGUUAAAACAUCACAAAGCUCUUUGACUUCUAGAAGUACAGCUACAUCAACAACAGCACCAUUCACUACUACUAAAAUUACAACAAGUAGUACGCCAUCAACAACCACCACUAAACCUUCUACCACUAAACCCUCUACCACUUCUGUAAGCACAAGAUCAACUACUUCAUCUACAGCCAGUACCAGAGCCACAUCCACAAGUGUUAAAACAUCACAAAGCUCUUUGACUUCAAGAAGUACAGCUCCAUCAACAACAGCGCCAUCCACUACUACCAAAAUUACAACAAGUAGUACCCGAUCAACAACCACCACUAAACCUUCUACCACUUCUGUAAGCACAAGAACGACCACUUCAUCUACAGCCAGUACCACAGCCAAAUCCACAAGUGUUAAAACAUCACAAAGCUCUUUGACUUCUAGAAGUACAGCUACAUCAACAACAGCACCAUCUACUACUACUAAAAUUACGACAAGUAGUACCCCAUCAACAACCACCACUAAACCUACUACGACUUCUGUAAUCACAAAAUCAACUACUUCAUCUACAGCCAGUACCACAGCCACAUCCACAAGUGUUAAAACAUCACAAAGCUCUUUGACUUCAAGAAGUACAGCUCCAUCAACAACAGCGCCAUCCACUACUACCAAAAUUACAACAAGUAGUACCCAAUCAACAACCACCACUAAACCUUCUACCACUUCUGUAAGCACAAGAUCGACUACUUCAUCUACAGCCAGUACCACACCCACAUCCACAAGUGUUAAAACAUCACAAAGCUCUUUGACUUCUAGAAGUACAGCUCCAUCAACAACAGCGCCAUCCACUACUACUAAAAUAACAACAAGUAGUACCCCAUCAACAACCACCACUAAACCUUCUACCACUUCUGUAAGCACAAGAUCGACUACUUCAUCUACAGCCAGUACCACAGCCACAUCCACAAGUGUUAAAACAUCACAAAGCUCUUUGACUUCUAGAAGUACAGCUCCAUCAACAAUAGCGCCAUCCACUACUACUAAAAUCACAACAAGUAGUACCCCAUCAACAACCACCACUAAACCUUCUACCACUUCUGUAAGCACAAGAUCGACUACUUCAUCUACAGCCAGUACCACAGCCACAAGUGUUAAAACAUCACAAAGCUCUUUGACUUCAAGAAGUACAGCUCAAUCAACAACAGCGCCAUUCACUACUACUAAAAUUACAAGUAGUACCCCAUCAACAACCACCACUAAACCUUCUACCACUUCUGUAAGCACAAGAUCGACUACUUCAUCUACAGCCAGUGCCACGUCCACAAGUGUUAAAACAUCACAAAGCUCUUUGACUUCAAGAAGUACAGCUCCAUCAACAACAGCGCCAUCCACUACUACUAAAAUUACAAGUAGUACCCCAUCAACAACCACCACUAAACCUUCUACCACUUCUGUAAGCACAAGAUCAACUACUUCAUUUACAGCCAGUACCACAGCCACAUCCACAAGUGUUAAAACAUCCCAAAGCUCUUUGACUUCUAGAAGUACAGCUCCAUCAACAACAGCACCAUCCACUACUACUAAAAUUACAACAAGUAGUACCCCAUCAACAACCACCACUAAACCUUCUACCACUUCUGUAAGCACAAGAUCGACUACUUCAUCUACAGCCAGUACCACAACCACAUCCACAAGUGUUAAAACAUCACAAAGCUCUUUGACUUCUAGAAGUACAGCUCCAUCAACAACAGCGCCAUCCACUACUACUAAAAUUACAACAAGUAGUACCCCAUCAACAACCACCACUAAACCUUCUACCACUUCUGUAAGUACAAGAUCAACUACUUCAUCUACAGCCAGUACCACAGCCACAUCCACAAGUGUUAAAACAUCACAAAGCUCUUUGACAUCAAGAAGUACAGCUCCAUCAACAACAGCGCCAUCCACUACUACUAAAAUUACAACAAGUAGUACCCCAUCAACAACCACCACUAAACCUUCUACCACUUCUGUAAGCACAAGAUCGACUACUUCAUCUACAGCCAGUACCACAGUCACAUCCACAAGUGCUAAAACAUCACAAAGCUCUUUGACUUCUAGAAGUACAGCUCCAUCAACAACAGCACCAUCCACUACUACUAAAAUUACAACAAGUAGUACCCCAUCAACAACCACCACUAAACCUUCUACCACUUCUGUAAGCACAAGAUCGACUACUUCAUCUACAGCCAGUACCACAACCACAUCCACAAGUGUUAAAACAUCACAAAGCUCUUUGACUUCUAGAAGUACAGCUCCAUCAACAACAGCGCCAUCCACUACUACUAAAAUUACAACAAGUAGUACCCCAUCAACAACCACCACUAAACCUUCUACCACUUCUGUAAGUACAAGAUCAACUACUUCAUCUACAGCCAGUACCACAGCCACAUCCACAAGUGUUAAAACAUCACAAAGCUCUUUGACAUCAAGAAGUACAGCUCCAUCAACAACAGCACCAUUCACUACUACUAAAAUUACAACAAGUAGUACACCAUCAACAACCACCACUAAACCUUCUACCACUAAACCCUCUACCACUUCUGUAAGCACAAGAUCAACUACUUCAUCUACAGCCAGUACCACAGCCACAUCCACAAGUGUUAAAACAUCACAAAGCUCUUUGACUUCUAGAAGUACAGCUACAUCAACAACAGCACCAUCCACUACUACUAAAAUUACGACAAGUAGUACCCCAUCAACAACCACCACUAAACCUACUACGACUUCUGUAAUCACAAAAUCAACUACUUCAUCUACAGCCAGUACCACAGCCACAUCCACAAGUGUUAAAACAUCACAAAGCUCUUUGACUUCAAGAAGUACAGCUCCAUCAACAACAGCGCCAUCCACUACUACCAAAAUUACAACAAGUAGUACCCCAUCAACAACCACCACUAAACCUUCUACCACUUCUGUAAGCACAAGAUCGACUAGUACAUCUACAGCCAGUACCACACCCACAUCCACAAGUGUUAAAACAUCACAAAGCUCUUUGACUUCUAGAAGUACAGCUCCAUCAACAACAGCGCCAUCCACUACUACUAAAAUAACAACAAGUAGUACCCCAUCAACAACCACCACUAAACCUUCUACCACUUCUGUAAGCACAAGAUCGACUACUUCAUCUACAGCCAGUACCACAGCCACAUCCACAAGUGUUAAAACAUCACGAAGCUCUUUGACUUCUAGAAGUACAGCUCCAUCAACAACAGCGCCAUCCACUACUACUAAAAUUACAACAAGUAGUACCCCAUCAACAACCACCACUAAACUUUCUACGACUUCUGUAAGCACAAGAUCAACCACUUCAUCUGCAGCCAGUACCACAACCCCAUCCACAAGUGUUAAAACAUCACAAAGCUCUUUGACUUCUAGAAGUACAGCUCCAUCAACAACAGCGCCAUCCACUACUACUAAAAUUACAACAAGUAGUACCCCAUCAACAACCACCACUAAACUUUCUACGACUUCUGUAAGCACAAGAUCAACCACUUCAUCUGCAGCCAGUACCACAACCCGAUCCACAAGUGUUAAAACAUCACAAAGCUCUUUGACUUCUAGAAGUACAGCUCCAUCAACAACAGCGCCAUCCACUACUACUAAAAUUACAACAAGUAGUACGCCAUCAACAACCACCACUAAACCUUCUACCACUUCUGUAAGUACAAGAUCAACUACUUCAUCUACAGCCAGUACCACAGCCACAUCCACAAGUGUUAAAACAUCACAAAGCUCUUUGACAUCAAGAAGUACAGCUCCAUCAACAACAGCGCCAUCCACUACUACUAAAAUAACAACAAGUAGUACCCCAUCAACAACCACCACUAAACCUUCUACCACUUCUGUAAGCACAAGAUCGACUACUUCAUCUACAGCCAGUACCACAGCCACAUCCACAAGUGUUAAAACAUCACGAAGCUCUUUGACUUCUAGAAGUACAGCUCCAUCAACAACAGCGCCAUCCACUACUACUAAAAUUACAACAAGUAGUACCCCAUCAACAACCACCACUAAACUUUCUACGACUUCUGUAAGCACAAGAUCAACCACUUCAUCUGCAGCCAGUACCACAACCCCAUCCACAAGUGUUAAAACAUCACAAAGCUCUUUGACUUCUAGAAGUACAGCUCCAUCAACAACAGCGCCAUCCACUACUACUAAAAUUACAACAAGUAGUACCCCAUCAACAACCACCACUAAACUUUCUACGACUUCUGUAAGCACAAGAUCAACCACUUCAUCUGCAGCCAGUACCACAACCCGAUCCACAAGUGUUAAAACAUCACAAAGCUCUUUGACUUCUAGAAGUACAGCUCCAUCAACAACAGCGCCAUCCACUACUACUAAAAUUACAACAAGUAGUACGCCAUCAACAACCACCACUAAACCUUCUACCACUUCUGUAAGUACAAGAUCAACUACUUCAUCUACAGCCAGUACCACAGCCACAUCCACAAGUGUUAAAACAUCACAAAGCUCUUUGACAUCAAGAAGUACAGCUCCAUCAACAACAGCACCAUUCACUACUACUAAAAUUACAACAAGUAGUACGCCAUCAACAACCACCACUAAACCUUCUAGCACUAAACCCUCUACCACUUCUGUAAGCACAAGAUCAACUACUUCAUCUACAGCCAGUACCACAGCCACAUCCACAAGUGUUAAAACAUCACAAAGCUCUUUGACUUCUAGAAGUACAGCUCCAUCAACAACAGCGCCAUCCACUACUACUAAAAUUACAACAAGUAGUACCCCAUCAACAACCACCACUAAACCUACUACAACUUCUGUAAUCACAAAAUCAACUACUUCAUCUACAGCCAGUACCACAGCCACAUUCACAAGUGUUAAAACAUCACAAAGCUCUUUGACUUCAAGAAGUACAGCUCCAUCAACAACAGCGCCAUCCACUACUACCAAAAUUACAACAAGUAGUACCCCAUCAACAACCACCACUAAACCUUCUACCACUUCUGUAAGCACAAGAUCGACUACUUCAUCUACAGCCAGUACCACACCCACAUCCACAAGUGUUAAAACAUCACAAAGCUCUUUGACUUCUAGAAGUACAGCUCCAUCAACAACAGCGCCAUCCACUACUACUAAAAUAACAACAAGUAGUACCCCAUCAACAACCACCACUAAACCUUCUACCACUUCUGUAAGCACAAGAUCGACUACUUCAUCUACAGCCAGUACCACAGCCACAUCCACAAGUGUUAAAACAUCACAAAGCUCUUUGACUUCUAGAAGUACAGCUCCAUCAACAACAGCGCCAUCCACUACUACUAAAAUUACAACAAGUAGUACCCCAUCAACAACCACCACUAAACUUUCUACGACUUCUGUAAGCACAAGAUCAACCACUUCAUCUGCAGCCAGUACCACAACCCCAUCCACAAGUGUUAAAACAUCACAAAGCUCUUUGACUUCUAGAAGUACAGCUCCAUCAACAACAGCGCCAUCCACUACUACUAAAAUUACAACAAGUAGUACCCCAUCAACAACCACCACUAAACUUUCUACGACUUCUGUAAGCACAAGAUCAACCACUUCAUCUGCAGCCAGUACCACAACCCCAUCCACAAGUGUUAAAACAUCACAAAGCUCUUUGACUUCUAGAAGUACAGCUCCAUCAACAACAGCGCCAUCCACUACUACUAAAAUUACAACAAGUAGUACCCCAUCAACAACCACCACUAAACCUUCUACCACUUCUGUAAGCACAAGAUCGACUACUUCAUCUACAGCCAGUACCACAGCCACAUCCACAAGUGUUAAAACAUCACAAAGCUCUUUGACUUCAAGAAGUACAGCUCCAUCAACAACAGCACCAUCCACUACUACUAAAAUUACAACAAGUAGUACCCUAUCAACAACCACCACUAAACCUUCUACCACUUCUGUAAUCACAAGAUCGACUACUUCAUCUACAGCCAGUACCACAGCCACAUCCACAAGUGUUAAAACAUCACAAAGCUCUUUGACUUCUAGAAGUACAGCUCCAUCAACAACAACAGCACCAUCCACUACUACUAAAAUUACAACAAGUAGUACCCCAUCAACAACCACCACUAAACCUUCCACCACUUCUGUAAGCACAAGAUCAACUACUUCAUCUACAGCCAGUACCACAGCCACAUCCACAAGUGUUAAAACAUCACAAAGCUCUUUGACUUCAAGAAGUACAGCUCCAACAACAACAGCGCCAUCCACUACUACUAAAAUUACAACAAGUAGUACCCCAUCAACAACCACCACUAAACCUUCUACCACUUCUGUAAGCACAAUAUCGACUACUUCAUCUACAGCCAGUACCACAUCCACAAGUGUUAAAACAUCACAAAGCUCUUUGACUUCUAGAAGUACAGCUCCAUCCACAACAGCGCCAUCCACUUCUACUAAAAUUACAACAAGUAGUACCUCAUCAGCCACCUCCACUACACCUUCUACCACUUCUGUAAGCACAAAAUCAACUACUUCAUCUACAGCCAGUACCACAGCCACAUCCACAAGUGUUAAAACAUCCCAAAGCUCUUUGACUUCAAGAAGUACAGCUCCAUCAACAAUAGCGCCAUCCACUACUAAAAUUACAACAAGCACUGAGAUUUUUAAAAGUUCAGCAUCAACUUUAGCUAGCACCCCAACUAUAGCGACCCCACCUAAAAGCACAUCAACCUCGACAAGUAUAUCACCUUCUACUGCUUCUUCAAGAGGUACACUUAGAGAUCGAUCAAUAACAACAGUGAGCACUACACAAGUAACUCCACCUUAUUGUUAUGAAGUGAGUUGUCCAGCCGGUUCAAUGUUCAAUAUCAGUCUGCUAGAUUGUCAAGAUGAGCCAAAACCCACAGAUUGUGGAUCUACAAUACGUGUUUACGAUGCAAAAUUCUGUUGCUUUAUUUAUAUCUGUCCAUACUGUACAAGUAGUGAUGGACUACAGCGCGAGGUUGGAGAGGAAUGGUAUGAAAAUUGCCAGGAGUGUAAAUGUACAAAUACUGGUGAAAUAGCAUGUCAACCAACUGCUUGUAAUGAAUCAGAGCCAAUAACAUGUAAUCAGCCAGGAUAUCAAGUCAUGAAGAUUGCAGAUCCAGCGAAUCCUUGCUGUUUAAUUAACCAAUGUUUGUGCAAUAUAAGUUUAUGCCAGGAACCAAUAAGUUCAUGCCCUGAUGGUUUAGAGCCUAUCUUCUCAAUAAAUGGCUGCUGUGUCAACAUUACGUGUGCCCCUAGAACAGCAAGUACUGCAACUACUAGAACAGAGGCCAGGAUUUCAACUACAACCCCUAAGCCAGCAAGUACAGCUGUAAAUACUAGAACUACAGUCAGGAUCUCAACAGCAACAUCUGGAACAGCAAGUACAAAAACUGCAACUACUAGAACAGAGGCCAGGAUUUCAUCUACAACUUCUAAAACCCUAACUAUAAGGAUAUAA